CGAGAUCUUUCGAGAUCUUCUCCGCCCCCGCUACCGGCGCCCCCUCUGCGGCCGCUGAGCCGGAGCCGGCCUGAGCAGCGCUCUCCGCUGCCGCUCCCUUCCCAGGGACUUAGGAGCCCGCGAGGACUACCUCACGUCCUCCGCUAGCCCCGGCCCCCCCGGCCCACGCGGCCUUCACUCCGCGCGCCAGCUCCGCCGGGGUCCGUGUCCUGUUUCGCCGGCCGGACCUGGGCUCGAGCCCGAACUGUAGCCGGCGCCAUGUCGGUGGUGGGCAUAGACCUGGGCUUCCAGAGCUGCUACGUCGCUGUGGCCCGCGCUGGCGGCAUCGAGACGAUCGCUAAUGAGUACAGCGACCGCUGCACGCCGGCUUGCAUUUCUUUUGGUCCUAAGAAUCGUUCAAUUGGAGCAGCAGCUAAAAGCCAGGUAAUUUCCAAUGCAAAGAACACAGUCCAGGGAUUUAAAAGAUUCCAUGGCCGAGCAUUCUCUGAUCCAUUUGUGGAAGCAGAAAAAUCUAACCUUGCAUAUGAUAUUGUGCAACUGCCUACUGGUUUAACAGGGAUAAAGGUAAAAUAUAUGGAGGAAGAGCGAAAUUUUACUACAGAGCAAGUGACUGCUAUGCUUUUGUCCAAACUGAAGGAGACUGCAGAAAGUGUUCUUAAGAAGCCUGUUGUGGACUGUGUUGUUUCGGUUCCUUGUUUCUAUACUGAUGCAGAAAGACGAUCAGUGAUGGAUGCAACACAAAUUGCUGGCCUUAAUUGCCUGCGAUUAAUGAAUGAAACAACUGCAGUUGCUCUUGCCUAUGGAAUCUAUAAGCAAGAUCUUCCUGCCCUAGAAGAGAAACCAAGAAAUGUAGUUUUUGUAGACAUGGGGCAUUCUUCUUACCAAGUUUCUGUAUGUGCGUUUAAUAAAGGAAAACUUAAAGUUCUGGCCACUGCAUUUGACACAACACUGGGAGGCAGAAAAUUUGAUGAGGUGUUAGUAAAUCACUUCUGUGAAGAAUUUGGGAAGAAAUACAAGCUGGACAUAAAGUCCAAAAUUCGUGCAUUAUUACGACUGUCUCAAGAGUGUGAGAAACUCAAGAAAUUGAUGAGUGCAAAUGCUUCAGACCUCCCUUUAAGCAUCGAGUGUUUUAUGAAUGAUGUUGAUGUAUCUGGGACUAUGAAUAGGGGCAAAUUUCUGGAGAUGUGCGAUGAUCUCUUAGCUAGAGUGGAGCCACCACUUCGUAGUGUUUUGGAACAAGCCAAGUUAAAGAAAGAAGAUAUUUAUGCAGUGGAAAUAGUUGGUGGCGCGACACGAAUCCCUGCAGUAAAAGAGAAGAUCAGCAAAUUUUUUGGUAAAGAACUUAGUACGACACUAAAUGCUGAUGAAGCUGUCACUCGAGGCUGUGCAUUGCAGUGUGCAAUCUUAUCGCCUGCUUUCAAAGUCAGAGAAUUUUCUAUAACUGAUGUAGUACCGUAUCCAAUAUCUCUGAGAUGGAAUUCUCCAGCUGAAGAAGGGUCAAGUGACUGUGAAGUCUUUACAAAAAAUCAUUCUGCUCCUUUCUCUAAAGUACUCACAUUUUAUAGAAAGGAACCUUUUACUCUUGAGGCCUAUUAUAGUUCCCCACAGGAUUUGCCCUAUCCCGAUCCUGCUAUAGCUCAGUUUUUAGUUCAGAAAGUCACUCCUCAGUCUGAUGGCUCCAGUUCAAAAGUGAAAGUCAAGGUUCGAGUAAACGUUCAUGGCAUCUUUAGUGUGUCCAGUGCAUCUCUAGUGGAAGUGCUCAAGUUUGAGGAAAAUGAGGAACCGAUGGAAACAGAUCAGAAUGCAAAGGAGGAAGAGAAGAUGCAGGUGGACCAGGAGGAACCACAUGCUGAAGACCAGCAGCAGCAGACACCAGCAGAAAAUAAGGCAGAGUCUGAAGAGAUGGAGACCUCUCAAGCUGGAUCAAAAGACAAAAAGAUGGACCAACCACCUCAAGCCAAGAAGGCAAAAGUGAAGACCAGUACUGUGGACCUGCCAAUUGAGAAUCAGCUAUUGUGGCAGAUAGACAGGGAGAUGCUCAACUUGUACAUUGAAAAUGAGGGUAAGAUGAUCAUGCAGGAUAAACUGGAGAAGGAGAGGAAUGAUGCCAAGAAUGCAGUGGAAGAAUAUGUAUACGAGAUGAGAGACAAGCUUAGUGGGGAAUACGAGAAGUUUGUGAGUGAAGAUGAUCGUAACAGUUUUACCUUGAAACUAGAAGAUACUGAAAAUUGGUUGUAUGAGGAUGGAGAAGACCAGCCAAAGCAAGUUUAUGUCGAUAAAUUAGCGGAAUUAAAAAAUCUAGGUCAACCUAUUAAGAUGCGAUUCCAGGAAUCUGAAGAAAGACCAAAAUUAUUUGAAGAACUAGGGAAACAAAUCCAACAGUAUAUGAAAGUAAUCAGCUCUUUCAAAAACAAGGAGGACCAGUAUGACCAUUUGGAUGCUGCUGACAUGGUGAAGGUGGAAAAAAGCACGAAUGAGGCCAUGGAGUGGAUGAAUAACAAACUGAAUCUGCAGAACAAGCAGAGUCUGACUAUGGAUCCAGUUGUCAAGGCAAAAGAGAUUGAAGCUAAAAUUAAGGAGCUGAUGAGUAUCUGUAGCCCUGUAAUUUCAAAGCCCAAACCCAAAGUGGAACCUCCAAAAGAAGAGCAAAAAAAUGGAGAGCAGAAUGGACCAGUGGAUGGACAAGGAGACAGCCCAGGCCCUCAGGCUGCCGAAGAGGGUGCAGACACAUCUGUGCCUUUGGAUUCAGACAAGAAGCUUCCUGAAAUGGACAUUGAUUGAUUCCAACAAUUGUUUAUAUUAAAACAGACUAUUAUAAAGCUUUAAGUUGUCAACUUUGUUCUAAAUAUCAACUAGAGCAAUCAAGUACUGGAGAUUUCUUAGUCAGUUUUUAGGGGAUUUCGUGGGAGGGGAUAUAGGUAAUGUAUGGAGCAUUUUGACUUCUAAAUAUGUUAGAUACAGAAAUUAAGUGCAUUGUAUCUUUUUCAUAAUGGUACUAUUUAGAAGCCCAGUUAGUCUUACUUACCGAGCUUCUGCUUCACUCCUUUUAUGUUUAAUCAUGCUUACACAAGGAUAAGUUUGUUUUGGAAAGCUAAGCUAUAAGCAAAGGCUUUAACUAGCUGUCAAGCAGACUUUUCAUUGUGACCUAUGUGGCAGGAACUCUAGAGAUUGUGCUUCAGAAGUCUGUUGUGGAGAUUGCCAUGAAGGCUCCCCUGCCUGGUGUGGGGAUGGGGCUGGGGUCCCCUCUUUCUGAGGGCUAGAGCAUGGCAUGGCCUGGAUUAACAUUGUAGAACAUGAGGGGUGAUCGCUGAGCUCCUUCACACUGCACUUCCGCUCCACUUAGACUCUCACCCCUACCUCACCCUCCACCAAUGAAGGAGCUCCUCUUAGAAAUGCCAUGUGCUGCUCUUGGGAAAAUAGACCCCUUCACCUGCAGCAAGUUGAUAACAGAGGAUUUUGGACCUGGAAGCUCUUUCGAGAUAGUACGUUCCUGAAAGUGUGUGCACAAAUACCCCAAACAUCAAGACUGAAUACUUUUUUGUUUUGGAAAGUUAGAAUUGGAUAGAUGUGCUUUUGGAUAUAGGUGUGGUAAAUUGAGCGGAGGACCUGAUUCUUGUUAACUAUGGUGUAAAGAUUUGUAUCCUGGCCUGCUCAUUCAGGUGAGAGAUGUUAUAUGUAAAUUUGAAGUAUAGCUUGAAGUCCUAGGACAAGAGUUAAAAGUUCUUUUUAGCUCAUUCACAUUCACUUGUAUGUUAAGUGUUAAUACCUGCCAUGAACCUGCCAAUUUAUGUGUUAAGCAGCUGACAGA